UUAAAAAAUAGUAAAAGUUUCGGGACAUGUUAAGUGAUUGCGUAAAAACAAUUAUAAAAGUACAAUAGUCAAGUGACAGUGUUUGUAUUGAAAUAUACUACCGUGGUAAAAAGAAUUCAUACAAAACAUAGUGCAACCAGAUAUAUGCAAAUAAAGUGAGUGACUUUAAUUUAAUUGAUAUAAUUUUUACGCACAGACAAUAAGUAUCUUGUAUCUCACCAGUUUACACUAAAGGAAGGCACAUUUGAACAGCAUAAUAGUGAUUAAUUUUAAAUUUACCAAAUUAACGUACAGUGAUAUGCUUGCAUAACCAGCAGCUUCUGCUACUGGACAACAGAUAGCGUUGUAAAGUGCGCCAUCUACAGUUUUAGUACGGAACUAAAUCGUAAGAUCAAUAAGUAUUCAGCUACUCAGCAAUAGAGGGCGCUAGCUGUGUCAGAAACAAUGCAGUCAACAUCUAAAUCUGGUGGACCAGAAAAUUGUGCAGGAUGUAAAAAAUCACUGUUAAAGAAGGAACACCUUCGCUGUAUCGCUUGCAAAGCAGCAUAUGAUAUUCUAUGUUUGAAUAUAAGCAGUGAACGAUAUCGCUCAUUCUAUUCUGCUAACUCAGAACGUAAGAAUAAUUGGAAAUGUCCUGAAUGCCUAAGCAAAAUCCCGAAACAGGGAAACCUGAAUACACCCGUUCGUGCGAAUCCACCAAGCAGCAUUAGUACCGAGGACGUUCUUGAUAUUGAGUCCCCUAUUGACAAUGAAAAUGUAACAUUACGAAGCAGGUCCACCAAAACAACUGUGAACGAGUCUUUACUAUUGUAUGACCUAAAAGACGAAACUGAAAGCUCACCAAAUUCUUCGAAUUAUGUAAAGGUUUUUGCGGAAGAAAUGCGUGCGAUGCGACAGGAAUUAAGUCGGAUGUGCGACAAAAUUACCAGUUUUACAGAUGCAAUAAAUACGCGAAUGGAUAGAUUGGAGCAAAGAGUAACUGUGAUUGAGAACAGAAAAAGUGAACUAGAGAGUUGUAAGAUACAGGAGCUAGAAAGCACAGUAUCACAGUUACAGAGGGAGUUACAAGAUCGCGAACAGGAAGCGCUAGGAAGCGACAUUGAGAUCGCGAGUCUUCCUGAAGUAAAGAAUGAAAAUUCGAUACACGUUAUCUUGACCGUGGCGAAAAAACUUGGUGUUGACCUAGAGGAACGUGAUGUGGUGCACGCUCAGCGUAUGGGACCUGCUGCAGCGGCGCCGGCGCCGGGCGGCGAGGAAGCGGCCGAGCGCGCGCGCCCCCGCCCGCUCGUCGCGCGUCUGGCUCGCCGCGCUACCCGCGACGCUCUGCUGCGUGCCGUGCGCGUUCGCCGAGGAGUUACUACCGAGGGAAUGAAUCUGCAAGAACGAGCGCCUUUUCGCUCUUUUUUUGUUAAUGAGAGACUCACAAAACGUAACCGGCAACUGUUCCAAAGAGUACGAGAAGCCGCAAAGCGUAUGCACUGGAAGUUCGUAUGGACAAGAGAGGGUAAAGUCUAUGCAAGGAAGGAGCAAGGGAAGGCGAGUGUACGACUUCGUUGUGACAAGGACAUUAUUGAGGUUUUUGGGGACUGCACUGUUGGUCCUACUUAAAAAAAAGUGGGUUAAUUAGUUUCAGAAAUAAACUUUACAUUGUUCUCAUAGGUUUAUUAUUUUAUAUUUGUUAUUAUGUUGAUGCCGUAAAGCCGAAAUGUCUGCCUGAUUGUAAAAUGUAUUCUUUGCAAAUGGUUCUUUAUAUUUUAAUUGUCAUUUUAGGUUUAAUCGUAAAAAUAGAAUUUAUUGAGAGUACCAACCAUUUGGCCUAUUGGUCUAAGGAGUAUAUUUACAUUUUAAUAGGAUUCAGGUUGCUGUGUGGUUUAGAUCGAUUUUAUUCUGUAAUACAUUAUUUUUGUUUGUAUGCGAUUGCUUUGAAAUUGAUAUUUUAUAUACCUAACUUUGGUGAGUCCGAUAAUAAUUGUCUUGUAAUUCUCUGGAUUUUAUUGGUGCAAGCAGUUUGUAUUUCAACUAAUCUAUGUAUAUUUUAUUCUUAUCUUACUUUGUAUUUAUUUAUUAUUAAUGAAUUUGUUUAUUACAAUAAUUAUUUUAUUUUAUGUACUAA